AUGUCGAAUGCUCAAUUUUUAAGAGAAUAUAAAAUUGUAAUUGUUGGUGGUGGUGGUGUUGGAAAAUCUGCAUUAACGAUUCAAUUUAUCCAAUCACAAUUUGUUGAUGAAUAUGAUCCUACUAUUGAAGAUUCUUAUCGUAAACAAUGUGUUAUUGAUGAUGAAGUUGCUUUGUUAGAUGUGUUGGAUACUGCUGGACAAGAGGAAUAUAGAGCUAUGCGUGAACAAUAUAUGCGUAGUGGCGAAGGAUUUCUUUUAGUCUACUCCAUCACAUCACGCAACUCAUUUGAAGAAAUUGCGACUUUUCAUGAACAGAUUCUUAGAGUUAAGGAUAAAAACUAUUUCCCAAUAAUUGUGGUAGCCAACAAAAGUGACUUAGAAAAAGAAAGACAAGUUUCAGAACAAGAGGGACAAGAAUUUGCUAAACAAUCCAACUGUAGAUUCAUUGAAACCUCAGCUAAACUACGUACUAAUGUUGAUGAAGUGUUCUAUAAUCUUGUUCGUGAAAUUCGAAGAUACAACAAAGAAUUGCAAUUAUUACAAGACAUUGAUAAGAAAUCAUCAAAUAAUCAACGAAGCGUAAAUGGUGGUAAAAAUGAGCAUUUUGAUUCUGUUAAUAACC